GGACUGGGAGCCUCGCAGUCACUCUUCCCGACAGCCACGUUCACUGCUCUCCUCUCCCCUUCUCCUCACCUCCAGCCCUCCUCUCCACCCAUCUGCAGCAACCCUUCAUUCAUCUGGAACCCUGAGCAAAACCACCCCUCAUCCUCCCCAAAAUUAGCCCUCAUUAUCAUGGACACCACCAGGAACAUCCUCUCCAUCUCCGAGGCGCUCUACCAUCUGAUUGUCAUGAUGCUGACACUUGGCCAAGGCGUUCAUUCAAUGCCUGUUCCUACUGAUGUCCCCAUGUGCACAGCAUCAGAAACUGCCCAGUACAGACUAACGUUUACUGGCAAGUGGACCCCGGCAGCUUUCCCUAAACAGUAUCCUGUCUACCGUCCCCCUGCACAGUGGUCAAACCUUAUUGGGGUGACCCACAGCUCUGACUUCCACAUGUGGCAGCGUAAUGAGUUUGCCAGCAAUGGAGUGAGGGAGUUUUCAGAGAAAGGCGAGGCCUGGACGCUCAUGAAGGAAAUCGAGGCGGCGGGCGAACGCAUCCAGAGUGUUUAUGGGGUCCUCUCCGCUCCAGCUGUUGUGGGAGGAACAGGCCAGAUGAACACUGAGUUUGAGGUCUUCGCCAGGCACUCAUACCUGUCGUUUAUCGUGCGUAUCGUUCCAAGCCCAGACUGGUUUGUGGGUAUGGACAGUGUUGACCUGUGUGACGGCGACCACUGGAAAGACAACGUGUUGCUGGAGCUUUUCCCAUAUGAUGCAGGAACUGACAGCGGGUUCACCUUCUCCUCUCCAAACUUUGAAACCAUCCCGCAGGACAAAAUCACACAGAUCACCUCCUCCUUCCCCAGCCACCCUGCCAACUCCUUUUACUACCCCCGCCUGAAGCACCUCCCACCCAUUGCCAAGGUAAUACUGACCAAGAUUAAGAAGACCAAUCAGAUCAUCAGCCUGCCUGUGGAGCCCACCCAGUCCAACCAACUGCCAACAGGAAACGAGAUUGAGGACAAGCUCAUAAAAACUCCUCUGGACUGCGAAGUGUCAGUGUGGUCUCCCUGGGGCUUGUGCAAAGGCAAGUGUGGAGACUCGGGCGUGCAGCACCGCACACGCUACAUCCUCAUGCAUCCGGCCAACAAUGGAGCAGCCUGCCCCCUGCUGGAGGAAGACAGGAAGUGCUUCCCAGACAACUGCUUAUGACUAGGCCAGGAAAGGAGGGAGAAGAAAGAGAGUAAGGAGAGGAGAGAGAAGAAAGACAGGAAAGCCAGGAAAGGGAGGAAGGGACGAAGACAGAGAAACAACAGUAAAAGGUCUGCAGUUUAUUUGCAUGAGGCAUAAAUAUGACAAAGCUGACUCCCUUCUUCCCCCCAUUGCCAUGCCCUCUUUCUGUGGAAAUGAUGUUUAUACUGAUUGCUUGUCUAACUGUUAAACUGGGAGAGUUAGACUGCAAAAAAGUUUCAUUCUCAAGUCAUAUUGACAGAUCUGAGCACUAGAGAGGUGUAGUUUGGCAAAAUAGCUAUUAGACACCAAUUCUGCCAUUAACUAAAAACACAUUUUUGUAUUAUAAUUGGAUUUGGUUUGACAUUUCUGAAGAUCACAGACAUUUGUUUGCCCACAGUGGAUUGUAACUCCCGGCAGCGUUAAUCUAACACACUUGGAAAUAAAUCCAUACAAACGACACUUAAGAUCUAAAAUCCCCAUAUCCAAGAAAUACUUAACAGAAAAUCCAAAUAAUAUCAGUUGCAGCACAAGGGAAAACAUGAUGCCUCAGUAGUUCCAUUAGCUCAAGUAGUACUAGCAGAAAUGUGAGUCAGACACAGAAAUUAAUGCACAGGCCUCUAAAUAAUGCCACAUUAAAAACAUAAUGUGUACAGAGACAUUGUUUGGUUAUUUUCCUGAAGACAAAGAAUAUAUUUAUUGACAGGAUUUUAACCUGUAGUGUACAGUAUAUCAAAUCUGAUAUUAAUAAUUUGUAUUCUUUUUUGUUAUUGAGAUAUUAGUUCAACA